AUGUCCGCUGCUAGUGAUCUCACGGCGGUUCCCCCUCACUCAGACGUCACCAUGGCCGCAGACGUGAGGGAAGAGCCCAAGGUUGUGGUCAAAAACUAUAAGGGUUUCGUCGCUGGAGUCUUUUCCGGAAUAGCAAAACUCACAGUCGGCCACCCUUUUGACACGAUCAAGGUGCGCCUCCAGACGACAGACGCCUCGCGCUUCAGCGGGCCGCUCCAAUGCGUCACGCAGACGCUGCGGAAUGAGGGCGUCCCGGGCCUGUACAAGGGCGCGACCCCUCCGCUGGUGGGCUGGAUGUUCAUGGACUCGGUGAUGCUAGGCUCCCUGACAGUUUACCGCCGGCUCGUCGCCGAGCGCCUGUUCCGCGUCGGUAGCGUCGAGAACCUGCCGUCGUACGGCCACGGCAUCGCGGGCAUGAUGGCCGGCAGCACCGUCAGCUUCAUCGCGGCGCCCGUCGAGCACGUCAAGGCCCGCCUGCAGAUCCAAUACGCCGCCAACAAGACCGAGCGGCUGUACAGCGGGCCCGUCGACUGCCUGCGCAAGAUCUACGCGCACCACGGCGUGAAGGGCGUCUACCACGGCCUGAGCGCGACGCUGCUGUUCCGAGGCUUCUUCUUCUGCUGGUGGGGCUCCUACGACGUGUUCUCGAGGUAUUUUAGGGAGAACACGAAGCUCAGCGCGCCGGCCGUGAACUUCUGGGCUGGCGGGCUGAGCGCACAGGUCUUCUGGCUGACGAGCUACCCGUCCGAUGUGAUCAAGCAGCGCAUCAUGACGGACCCCCUCGGCGGCGGGCUCAACGACGGCGUCCAGAGAUUUCCUCGGUGGAGGGACGCCGCGACCGCGGUGUACAGGGAAGCGGGGUGGAAGGGUUACUGGCGCGGGUUUCUGCCGUGUUUCCUUAGGGCAUUCCCAGCCAAUGCCAUGGCAUUGGUCGCAUUCGAGGGGGUUAUGAGGGCCUUGCCCGAGUAG